AUGAUCUGCGACACCGGUUCACCUCCUAACGCAGCCCGCCUCCAGUCCGAUACUGCUCAAGCGGAUCCCAUAUCGAUCGACCUCCAAAGUCCUAAUACAAAGUCUCUUACUCCCGACAAACCGCCGGCGAUCUCAGGCGGAGAGCUCACUCUCAGCUAUCUUUGCGAUAAUCCCAAGCUCAAUAUUCCCGAGAGGGAGUCCGCCGCCGUCGCCACCACUUCUGCUGCUGCUGGAUGCAAGGUUGCCGCAGCCACCAUUGGAGGCGGCGGCUGCGGCGACGAGGAACGGUGGGUUGAGAGGGAUUUCCUUCAGCUGAGGGGUCUCACUGGAAGUAAGAGGGAGGGGGCGGAGCCCGUCAAGCCCGACGGACACGAGAAGAAGGUAAAGAUUGAACCCCUCAACUUAACCCUAGCCCCGCCAGAUCUCUCUCUUUCGCUCAAUUCGUCCAAUCCCUUGCCGAAUGCCCUCCCUCCGAUACCUACGCGCUCUGACACCACCCCCGCCGCCGUCGCCGCCGCCGCUGCCUCCACUCCUGCUUUUAAUCCCGUAUCCCAAGCAAGGACUUUUAGCGGCAAUACCCGCGCUACUAAUUCAGAGGAUUUCAACCCGUCUUUGUCAUAUUCAUGCUCCGUUCCCUUCUCCCACAACCCUAGCUGCUCCCUGACCCGCAACUCUACCGAGAAUUAUGACGUGUCGAGGGAUAACGAUCAGAUGUGGUAUUGUGGAGCUGGGGAAGGGACCAAUGGCUCCGUUCAUAGCCGUUUCAGGCCAGUAGGUGAUGGAAAUAGCAUCACUUUUUCGAAUCACAGCGGUUUUGCUCACCUGGGUGGAAAUAACAAAGAUACCAAUAACAACAAUAAUAGUUUAUUUAAAGCUAGCAGCAUUGCCGAUGAUAUCUCAUUCUACCCAACGGAACUGCCUGCUAGGCAGGGGAGAGUUCAUGCUGCCACUGUAAGUGCUGAAAGUGGGAGGAAUGCCAUGCUUACUAGGCCAGAUAGGGUGUUGAAAGAGAUUGUUUCAGAGUCAGUUCUUCUUAUGGCUCAGAGAUUGCAUGAAUUACCAAGCAAUUCGGUAGAGACAGUAAAAGAAUAUUUGAGGAAUUUGAUGGGCUCGUCUGAUAAGGAGGAGUUCAGUAGUCUCCAAAGGAAGCUAGAGAGGCGGUCUGAUCUCACCUCUGAGAACCUUUUAAAGUCUCACAGGGUGCAGCUUGAAGUAAUGGUUGCUAUAAAAACUGGUGUCAUAGGUUUUUUGUCUUUAAAGAUCCGCAUCCCCACUACUGAGUUGGUGGAGAUAUUCCUAUUGACGAGAUGUAAGAAUCUUAGCUGUAAGAGCUUGUUACCUGUUGACGACUGUGAUUGCAAGAUAUGCACAAACAAUAAGGGCUUUUGUAGUGCUUGUAUGUGCCCAAUCUGCUUUAAAUUUGAUUGUGCCUUGAACACCUGCAGUUGGGUUGGCUGUGACGUUUGCUCACAUUGGUGCCAUGCAAUUUGUGGGAUUCAGAGGAAUCUCAUAAAGCCUGGACAAAGCUUGAAAGGAGGUGGCACAAUGACAGAAAUGCAGUUUUAUUGCCCUGGAUGUGACCAUGCUUCUGAAAUGUUUGGCUUUGUCAAGGAAGUUUUCAUGUGCUGUGCAAAGGGUUGGGGGCUUGAGACCCUGAUGAAGGAACUGGACUGUGUUAGGAUGAUCUUCCAUGAAAGUCAAGAUCUUGAAGGGAAAGAAUUGGAAAGGAAGGUAGAUGAGAUGCUCAACAUGCUAGGAAAGAAGCAAAUUUCUACAUUGGAUGCAUGCAAUGGCAUGCUGCACUUCUUCAAAUAUGGUGUUUCCGAUCUUUCUGUUACUGGAAGUUCUUCUAAUAAUAAGUUCGCAGCUCAAACAACCCAACAGGAAAACAUACUCCCUCUUCCACCAGUGGCAUCAAUUGUUCCACCAAAAUCAGCAUUUUCCUUAAACUCAAAUCCUUCCAUUUUUGAUUCUGUGGAUGUCUUGAAAACUGAUGGAACCCCUAAACCUCUUACCAUUGAACCAAAACUUGUCCUGCCCAAAAAUGAUGGUUUCCAGAGCCUUGACACAAUUGUUCGCUUCAAAGAGGCAGAGGCAAAGCUUUUCCAAAGACUAGCUGAUGAAGCUCGAAAGGAAAUGGAAAACUACCGGCAGAUAGUUUGCACCAAGUCCGAAAAACUGGAAGAGGAAUAUGCCAUCAAGCUUGCAAAACUCUGCCUACAGGAAACUGAGGAACGGCAUAGGAAGAAGCUUGAGGAGCUCAAGUUCAUUGAGAACUCACACUGUGAUUACCAGAAAAUGAAGAUAAGAAUGCAAUCAGAGAUAGCUAGCUUGCUUGAAAGAAUGGAGGCAACAAGGAAGCAAUGGGUAUGAACUUUCUUUUUUAUUUGUUCUUGAGAAAAUACUUAGCUGGACAAUUGCUACUUAUGAUUUCUAAGCUUAAAAAGCUAUAUUCUGAAA